AUGGAGAAGCAUGAUUCGCACUCGGUCAACCAAAUUGAGCUCGAGACGACCUUGACCGAAGUCGCCAAGGUAGCGACAAUCCAUAACACCAAACUCCAGAAGGCUACUUUGGAAGGCACUGCCGAUGAACACGAACUCAGCAUUCAUGAUGCCAUCCGAGCUUAUCCCCAGGCCAUCAUAUGGGCGCUUGUGUCGUCUACCUGUGUCAUCAUGGAAGGCUACGACACGAACCUCCUUUCCAAUUUCUUUGCCUAUUCCUCGUUCUUAAUUAGGUACGGCCGAUUCGUGGGAGUUACUCCAGAGACCCCAACGGGAUACCAGUUGACCCCGGCUUGGCAAGCCGGACUAUCUCAGGGCGCAGGAGUCGGCUCUAUAUUUGGCUGCCUGAUGUGUGGCUACUUCGUGUCCAAGUACGGCUCUCGACGGGUGCAGCUAGCUGCUCUGGCUGCCCUCACUGCCUUCAUCUUUAUCGUCUUCUUUGCCCCCAACUUGCCCACGUUGGUUGUUGGCGAGAUCCUCUGCGGUGUCCCAUGGGGCAUUCUCGCCACAACGGCUCCGGCCUACACUUCGGAAGUUCUACCACCAGUUCUCCGGACCUACAUGACUUCAUAUACGAAUAUGUGCUUCAUCAUGGGCCAGCUGAUUUCUGCUGGUGUUCUCAAAGGACUCUCCACGCGCACUGAUGAAUGGGGCUACAAAGUUCCCUUUGCCUUGCAAUGGUAUCUAGUCAGAAUGGGCAGGCUGCACGAAGCCGAAGAGUCUCUGCGCCGCCUACAGUCGCCAAAGGCCACCAACGUCGAUCCUCAGAAGACGCUCUCCACCAUCAUUUACACCAAUAACCUCGAGGAGCAGUUAAAGGUCGGAACUAGCUACUGGGACUGCUUCAAGGGCUUUGAGCUCCGCCGUACCGAGAUUGCUUGCGUCGUCUUUGCUGGUCAGAUCCUGUGUGGAAUCUCCUUCGCCUAUAACAGCUCCUACUUUUUCUCCCAAGUUGGUCUCGGAACGAGCACGACCUACUCUCUUACGCUUGGAGGAACCGGCUUGGCAUUCUUUGGCUGUCUGAUCAAUUGGUUCGUCCUUAUGCCAAACUUUGGCCGACGAACGAUUUACGUCUGGGGCAUGGGCGGCAUGUGUUUUGUGCUCAUUCUCAUCGGUAUUCUCAACGUCUGGACUCACAUCUCGGCUGUCGCGAUGACACAGGCCUGUCUCACCCUCCUUUGGACUUUCAUCUUUCAGCUAUCUGCCGGCCAGCUUGGCUGGGCCCUCCCUGCCGAAAUGGGCUCGACUCGCCUUCGACAAAAGACCAUUUGUCUCGCUCGCGACUCGUCUAAUAUUAUGGGCACCAUUGGAGGCACUCUGCAGCAGUACUUUAUGAACCCGCAGGCGUGGAACCUCAAGGGUUAUACUGGGUUUGUCUGGGGCGGUACUUGCUUUUGCAUGUUUGUCUGGAGCUACUUCCGUCUGCCUGAGACCUAG